ACACACACACAGCGCCAUUUGCUUCAGACACACGUGUGUUCGGCGCGCAGCUGUAUGUCACGAGUUCAAACCCGAGCUAAUAAUAACUAUAAUUGAUCAGAUAAAUCCUCAUCAUCCUCAUCAUCAUGCCGAAGGUGAAGAAGAGCAGCGGCGCUCUGUCUCUGGCCGAUCAGAUCCUGCAGGGAGACGCGGUCCGGAGCAGCGGCCGCCUGAAGAACCGGAGCCGGAGCCGGAGCGAGGAGGAGCAGGAGUAUGUGGACGAGAAACUGUCCCGAAAGAUCCUCCAGCAGGCCAGAAUACAACAGCAGGAGCUGCAGAGCGAGCUGGGACUCACUCCAGACACCAGGAGACCACCAGCCACUCGACUAGGUCCGAGCACACAGGACGGAGACUCUGAUGACGAGUGGCCGGCGCUGGGCGAUGACGCUGCGGAGGAGAGUGCUAUAGCGUGCGAGUCGUCCUCCGCUGGCGCUAACACUCUCCCUCCGCAGGUCCUGUCGAAAUACCGCAGCGGGAAACUUCCCAAAGCCUUCAAGAUCAUCCCGGCUCUCUCCAACUGGGAGCAGGUGCUGUACCUCACCGAGCCGGAGACGUGGACGGCCGCCGCCAUGUACCAGGCCACCAGGAUCUUCUCGUCGAAUCUGAAGGAGCGAAUGGCUCAGCGCUUCUACAAUCUGGUGCUGUUGCCCAGGAUCCGAGACGACAUCGCCGAGUUCAAGCGGCUGAACUUCCACCUGUACAGCGCGCUGAAGAAAGCGCUCUUCAAACCCGGAGCCUGGUUCAAAGGUGAGUAUUUGGGCUGCGCGAUUAAUCGAAACGCCGCCAUGCUGAAAAUCGCAGAGAUGGAGUACAACGGAGCCAACAGUAUUUUCCUGCGGCUGCUGCUGGAUAAGAAGUACGCGCUGCCCUUCCGCGUGCUGGACGCUCUGAUCGCACACUUCCUGUCGUUCCGCGCGGACAGACGGACGCUGCCGGUGCUGUGGCACCAGAGCCUGCUGACGCUAGUGCAGCGCUACAAAGCUGACCUGUCCUCCGAACAGAAGGAGGCGCUGCUGGAGCUGCUGAAGUGCCAGACGCAUGCGCAGAUAUCGUCUGAGAUCCGGCGCGAGCUGCAGAGCGCUGAGUCACGUGACCUGGAAGACGCUACACCCGCCAUGACCGUCGACUGAGCCGCCGCGGACUUCCAUCGUAACGCGCGAUUGUGUUGCAAUAUAUUUAGCAUUCUUUGCAGUAAUGCAUUGUUUGUAUUUUUGGACUACACUUUUUGGUUAGAACUUGUGUUACUAGUUAAUAAAAUUACGUUAU